GUCUCUCGCUUCACGGUUGGAGGUUGACAGGAGCUCGGGCUCAGGUGGAGCAGCGCAUCACAGAGGAGGAGGAGAGGGGGAGCAGAGGGAGAGAUAUUAAUAGCCCGGAGCUGCAGCAGAGAUAAGGCUUGGACCGAGCCGCAGGCAGACACACACUCAGGGCUUAGGAGAGAAAAGAGGACGCGUCAAAAUGAAGCUGUUUCUGUCGGUGCUUUUCCUCACGGCCGCGGCGGUCGCCCUGGUCCGCGCGGCCGGUACCGACGGUGAGAUCUCCUUCGAGUACCACCGCUACGAGGAGCUGCGGAAAGCGCUGGUGUCGGUGUGGCUGCAGUGUCCCACCAUCACCCGCAUCUACACCAUCGGGGAGAGCUUCGAGGGCCGAGAGCUGCUGGUGCUGGAGAUGUCCGACAACCCCGGGACGCACGAAGCUGGUGAGCCCGAGUUUAAGUACAUCGCCAACAUGCACGGCAACGAGGCGGUGGGCCGAGAGCUGCUGAUCUACCUGGCUCAGUACCUGUGCAACCAGUACCAGCAGGGCAACGAGACCAUCAUCGACCUCGUCCACAACACCCGCAUCCACCUCAUGCCCUCCAUGAACCCAGACGGCUUCGAGAAGGCCGCAUCUCAGCCCGGAGAGAUCAAGGACUGGUUCGUGGGCCGCAGCAACGCCCAGGGUGUGGAUCUGAACAGGAACUUCCCCGAUCUGGACCGCAUCAUUUACAUCAACGAGAGGGAAGGCGGAGCCAACAACCACCUGCUGCAGAACAUGAAGAAGGCUGUGGAUGAAAACACCAAGCUGGCUCCAGAGUCCAAGGCGGUGAUCCACUGGAUCAUGGAUAUCCCUUUUGUCCUGUCGGCUAACCUGCACGGAGGAGACGUGGUGGCCAACUACCCAUACGAUGAGACCCGCACUGGAUCCACUCACGAGUACAGCGCCAGUCCGGAUGAUGUGAUGUUCAAGUCUCUAGCCAGAGCCUACUCCAUAUACAACCCAGUGAUGUCCGACCAGCACCGAGCCCCGUGCCGCAAGACCGACGACGACUCCAGCUUCAAAGAUGGCAUCACUAAUGGAGGGGCCUGGUACAGUGUGCCAGGAGGAAUGCAGGAUUUCAACUACCUCAGCAGCAACUGCUUCGAGAUCACUCUGGAGCUCAGCUGCGACAAGUUCCCCAACGAGGACACGCUCAAGCUCUACUGGGAGCAGAACCGCAACUCACUCGUCAACUACAUUGAGCAGGUUCAUCGUGGUGUCAAGGGCUUCGUGCGUGACCUCCAGGGUAACCCCAUCUCCAAUGCCACCAUCUCUGUGGAGGGUAUCGAGUGGACUUUGAGCUGGAGUCGCUGAUGGAGAGGAAGGAGGAGGAGCGGGAGGAGCUGAUGGACUGGUGGAAGAUGAUGUCAGAGACACUGAACUUCUGAGGCGCUCGUCUGGUUCGUGAUCGGACCGUUCACACAUCGAUGUAAUAUAUUCAACAUUCUGUGUGCCCGUCCACGAUGAGAAAAAAAAGGAAAAGAAUGAAUAUAUUGUCUCUUCUUUGUUUUGUUCUCUUUCAAUCAUCACUUUAAUUGAUUAUGUUGUUUAUUAAUGUAUUAACGGAUUGCCUCAUACUCCUGUAGAUUGUUCAGAUAUCCUGCACAUACACACACACUGACAGUCAGGAGGAGAAUUGGCAGGUAGUGUGACAGCAGUGAGAUUGGUGUUGAUAUCUGUGGUGUUUCGUUCUUUAUCGUACACGUGAUUGAAAACCAUAGCACCCAUCUAUAUAACCAACGAGUGACUGAGUAACAAUGUGUGUAAAAGAGCUGUUUACAUCUUUACCACGUGACUCUUUUCAUGAGAAAUAAUCACAUCCCCUGUUUUAAAUGUCUCUGUUUCUCCAGACUUUAGUGAAAAAACACACAAACACAGUGCACGCUUCCACUUCACGGUAACACAGACCACACGCUGACAAAUCUUUUCUUUCUGUGUAAUAUAUAAAAAAGUACAACUAUGGUUUUGAGAUAAUCAGGGACAUUAAAAACACUGUAAAACCAGUUAACAUUAAACUAUAAACUACACAGGCAAACUCAUCCUCCUGUAUGUUAUUGAUGUUGAGAUUUUUUUAACUGAAUACAGCACAGCAUUGAUUUUAGCACAAGGUGAAUGGUUAUAAUAAACAUAUAGAAUCUGUAUUAUGAAGUAGGUAAGUAGCAAGAACAGUCUGGUUUUUGUACCAAAUCAAAGAAAAUAAGGCCGUGAAACAAAUGAAUCUGUCCACCUCAGUUUCCCAGAAGCCAUUCCUUUGUAUGUGCACUACACAGGGGAAUAAUAAGGAAGUGUGGCAGAAGUUGUUUUUCAAGGAUAAUUUGACACUGUAAUCUUCUGAGUGGACACAGUGUGGACACAGUUCACCCAGUCUGAGACCAUAAGAAGAGUUCACUGAAUGUAUAGCUACAGUAACUGAUGAACUGUAAAGAAUGAAAGGAUCAAUAAAACGCCCCCUCUUCAUGUUGUCAGACUGUGUCAUCGCCUUUUCUUACAGGAGCUGCAUCCCCAGCAGAAACAAUGAAGAUGCUUUCAAAUGUCAUACCAUGGAUAGUAUUUAUCAAUUAUCUGCAUAUGGAAUAAACCACAAUCAAAUCCGUA